UUGAUGUCAACACCUAAUCAUGAUAUCCCAGCGGUAAUGAGGAGUUGCAUGAGGAAGGUCAAGAUCACUGUUACUAUCAAUUACAACAGCAGAGGUACCAGGACUCCCCCCCCUCCCACUCCCUACCGAGAUCACCAGGUCCAGCCUCCAGUCUGUGAGUCAGUCAGUAGUGCCGCUCGCUGUGUCAGUGUCUGCACCAUGGUCAGUGUCCAAGCCUUUGCUCUUCCCGCACUCUUUUUACUCGCCCUGGUUGUCAGAUCAGGACAAGGGAUCAAAUGCUGGGUGUGCUCUUCUGAUGUGGACCGUCGAUGCGGUGACCCUUUCAACAUGACACACAUGGCAUUGUGGGACUGUGACAAGGACAAGACACUGUCUCCUAUGUUGCAGUCCAUCGCUGUCUGCCAGAAGACCAGGAGAAGAGUGAACAAUGAGCUGAUCACAGUUCGCGGCUGUAAUUGGGAUAGUGAUGAUUUCGGCGUAGGACCAUGCUCUGAGAACACCUUCCGCUCUCCUGCAUACGCCCCGGUGGAGUACUGCAGCACGUGUUCCCAUGAAGCCUGCAACGCUGCGGACUCUCUCUCCGCUACCCUGCUGGGUCUCAUACCUCUCUUGUCCGCUCUUCUCGUCAGUAGACACUUUGCUGCUGUCUGAUCUGCCGAGUGCCGUAACUAGAAAUACGGAAGGCUAGAACACUAGAUACGGCUAUGAGUGCUGAGAACACCACAUUCUGAAACCAAAGGUUGUACUGUAACUAUCAAUAAGUUUUCUUGUCUUUGUAAUGUGUUUGUACAGAAACAUGUAAACCCUCAUUUUUUUAUUUUUAAGGUAUUAUUUCUUCACAAAAUUGCAGCUAUAUUAGGGUAAGUAUUAUUUAGUAGCAGCUACACAAUAUUGUUAAAUGAACAUAAUAUAUUACAUGAUGAAUUCAAAUAUCUUUAUUCAUUUUUCUCUAGGUAUACCAAAGAUUGGAAACAUUCAAUAUCAACUACAAUACAGUUAAUAUACUCUUCUCUUAAACAUUUAAAUUUCAGUAUAUUUUAUUUAUUUUAACAACGGCAGCUAUAAUUAUGGUAAAAUAUCUUGUAAAAAUAUAUAAUAAUGUUUGAGAACUUAGUGCUCCAUCUUAAUUUUUUUUUCAAUUUAAUGAAUUAUGGCAGCUAGUGCAGUAAGUAAUACUCAUUAUCAAUUACUAUAUUGUAGAUGAUUUCUUUAAUUCUGUAGCAGUAUAUUUUUUAUUACUAUUUAUCAGUAGCAGUUACCUAAACCAAAAAUGCUGAAUAUGAACAAUAAUAUGAAUGCUACAUUACAUUUUGCAUACCUUCUGUCAUCAUAAUUUUAUUCAAAACGUUUUGUAUUGACAUCUAAGUAUAGUAUUAUUUUUUAUUGUAGAAAUUUGUAAAUAUAAUUAUUAUUGUGAUGGUAAAUGGUACUUUUAUUUUUUUAUUUGUAUUAUAUUUUAGUAUAUCAAGGCUCUAUAUAUAAGUUAUAUAUAUAUAUAUAUAUUUGUAUGUUUGUGUUUACUUCCAAAUGUUUUAUGUUAUCCAGCACAUGACCCUUGCAGGAUCGUCUGAACUGUUUCAAGAGACAAUAUUGUUAUAUAUUACAUCUGAACAUACAUAAACAAUAAUUGUUGCAAUCCAGGGAUAUUGUUACUAUGUGAAAAACUAGUCAAAAAAUCUAGUAUAAAAGUAUACUUCAGGAAAAUCCUUACAGAACAGUUAUGAAUGUUUUUUCAAACUUACUUUCAUUAAACAUACAAUAGUCAGUUGGAAAAAUAUAUUAAACAGUGAAACGUGUCGGACAUUACUGAAUUUUAUAGUUACAAAAUACUGUAAUGUGUAAUUAAAUUAAGUGUUGAACAAAAUUGUAAAUAUAUAUAAAUGAAAUGUUUUCUUUUGCUUUUUUACGUUAACCAAUGCUAUUAUUUUCAGUAAACCUUUUCAGAACUCCGUCCCAUGUAAAUAGUUACUUUAUUCUUGUUUAUAUAGUUUUAAAUGUAUUUUGAAAUGUUAUUUAAAAAUUAUUAAAAGUAGUAAUUGUUGUAUUUGUGAUAUUUUUUUGAAAUGUAUUUUUGUUUCACAGUUAAUAUUAAGAACAUAAGUAUAAGAAUAUUGUGUUUAGAUGUAGGUACUUUUUUUGCAAUUCAUUUUUAUUAGCAAUCAUAUCAUUGUUUAGGAUUGCUAUAUGAAAUGUAAAAGAAUAUUUACGAUAUUAGCAACUUAUAAUUUUUUAAAGUACAUGGGAGCAAAGCAUUAGUAUUUUCUCAAAGGAAAACCUCGCUAAUGAGGUACUGCCCUACGAGUGUUCAUUACGGAUUUAAUUGAUCAAUCAAUGAUUCAAUAUUUACAUGUUAUUAGGGUUAAAACAACACCUACACAGAUUAUUAUACUUAAACGUACAUCAUAUGAAAACAGAAAAUUAUGUGUUUGUUAUAAUAUAUUAAUAAGAUAGGUACAUGCUUAAAUGUAUGCAUUAAAUUUGUAAUUUGUAUUAAUGAGUGUACCUAAAUGUUAUGUAUGUACAUAUAAAUAUAUAUUAAAGUGUUUCCAAAGUCAGUAAACGA